AUGCAGCAAAGAUUAAAAGAUUGCCGUGGCUGUAUCUUUGCUAAUAUCUUUACUUCAGUAAAUAAUAAUGAAAGUGCCUUAAUUUUGAGGUUACUAACCUUCUCCAUCCUACUCAUCAAUUCAACAUCUCCCACCACAAUUCAAUGCAACUACAAUAUGAAAGGAACCUACUAUGUCUUACCAGAGUCCUACCGCUGCGAAGUACAGAAUGACCUAAACAUAACUUCACCAGAGUCUACAGAAGUCAGCAUGGCUUAUGGGAUUCAUGAAAUGGAAAAGACUAAUGACUUUGUGACUGCAUUCUUUGCAUGGUCAAAAAUUAUUGAAUAUUUCCCAACCAACCUUGAUAAAACCUUCAAGAACCUUAAAGCAAUUAGUAUUUGGGAGGGAAAUUUGAAAGAAAUACACAAAUCAGAUUUAAAGCCAUUUCCAAAGUUGAAGGAACUAAAUUUAUACAAAAAUGACGUUGAGAUCCUUGAAGAAGGUCUGUUUGACAGCAAUCCACACUUAGAGCUCAUUUCAUUUUACAUGAACAAGAUUUUCCACGUCGAUUCAAACGUUUUUAAGAAUUUGGACAAAGUCACGCAUUUGUGGCUUAGCAAGAACCCGUGCAUCGAUAUGUUCUCAUCUGGAAAUGUUGAUAAAGUCAAGAAGAUCAUUAGAUAUACGAAGAGCAAGUGUGUCAGCUCCGAUUACACAGCAAUUGUCAAUAAUAUUGAAAAACUCUCAAAAGAGUCAAAAAGCUUAAACUCGUACACUUUUGGGGCUUGGACUGAAAACUUUCAAAGUAUGCAGGAUGUUUUUGAAGAUUCAAAAUUUACAAAUUUUCCAAGUUUGAGGGAAAAAAUUCAGGCUUUAAAAGACAUAGAUGUUCAGAACUUUACAUCAAUCGAUGUUAGAUCUUCAAAACUAUUAGAAGCUCCAAGAAGUGACUCUGAAAAUUGCAUGGUCAUGGAAUGGACAGAUGUUGAUGAAAACUUAAUGGAACUGUUGACUGAGGCUUUAAAUACAACAGAACAUAGCCUCAAAAAUGCUCAAAUUAGUAAUCUGAUUAGCAUAAGAAAGGAAGUUGAUAGUAAAUUGGAUGCGAUGCAUGGAAAGAUUGUCAAAACAAUUGAUGUUAAGAUUAAGGAGAUGGAAGGAAGAUUAACGGUCUGCAUCUUAGCAAUAUUGGAAUAUUCAGCACCUGUACACCUUGAAUGUGACUUCAACGAUGCCCAUAACUACAUCAUCAUUGGUAAAGUCUAUCGAUGUGAAAUUACAAAGAAUCUCAACAUAACAACAAUCAAAUUUUCUGAAAUUGAGGAUGUGUCAGGCACUCACAUGAUAAAUAGAACUAAUGAUGACGUUAAUGUCUUUCACGCUGCUGAGAAAAACAUUCAAUAUUUUCCAAGAGGACUGGAAAAAUUCUUUAAAAAUCUUAAAAUCAUUUAUUUGCCUUAUAAUAGAAUUAAGGAGAUCAAUCAAGGACAUAUUAGUGCAUUUCCUAACCUUAAAUAUUUAGAAAUGUCACAUUCUAAUGUUGAGGUGCUCGAAGAUGGACUUUUUGAUAAUAAUUUGGGAUUAAAAAUAGUUUGGUUUAAUCGCAACAAUAUUUUUCAUGUUGGUAGAAACGUUUUUAAUAAUAUUAGAAAUUUAACUCACAUUGGGUUCGGAUCUAAUCAAUGUAUUAAUGAUUACACUCACUACAGCCCAAUAAGGGUCUUCUCAAUAAUUGAAGCACUAAAAAGAAGAUGUUAUGAUGACAAGCUUGGUAAUUUUUCACAAAAUCUAGCAAAUUUUGAAAUCGAAUCAAAAAAUUUAAAUGAUGAAAAUUUCCAAAUUUGGAGCGGAAAACUUGAUGACUUGCAAAAUGAGUUUAGUGCAUCUAGAAUUUCAUAUUUGAGUAGCAUUAAGACAAGAUUGCAAGUACUGCAGAAUUUAGAAAAAUUACAAAUUUUUUGA